AUGAAAUCUGCUAAUCUUGCUUCAUUGUCCUUUUUCUUUGGCUUUUUCAUUCUGGAAAGUGCUGCAGUCUAUGUAUGCCCAGGUGGAGCUCAAAUACCGGAUAGUGAUGUCGAGACAAGAGCAAAUCAGAUUUACUCAAAAGGAUUAUCCCUCAACGCUAAGCGGACUCCUGGUCAAGAUCAAGUAGAAGAUAUCGUUUUUGAUGAUGAUGAAGGUGAUUUAGAAGAAGAUGAUGAUGAUGCAGGAUUGUCUUUCAUGAGCGACUUUAAACCUCAGAUCACAUCUUCUAGUACAUAUAAGAUUAUUAUCAAACAUCCAUCAAAGAAAAUAGUACUUCUAGAGUAUAGGGUAUCUGGGGGCGGACGCAAUACAUCACUUUGUACAAAAAAUUAA